AUGGGAGAAGAUCACAAAUUUUACGGUGGCAUCAAGUCAUAUGAUGUGCAUACAUAUUAUGGUAAUGAAAAAGAAGAAAAGUUGGCUCUUGCCUUAAGGGAGAAAGUAUUAAAAGACUUUGCUAAGGAAAUUGAGAAUGGUGAGAUAAGAGUUCACAAGUUUUGGGAAAAACCAAUUGGGCCACAUCCAAUUAGAAUGUGGGAGUUGGAUUUCAAAGAUCCUGAAAUUUUCAAAGUUAUAAUUCCUUAUUUCCAAUUGAACCAUGGACCAUUAUCUGUUUUAAUUCAUCCACGGAGCGACCAGGGUGAUCUCAAGGACCACACAGAGCAUGCUUUGUGGUUGGGUCACAAAGUCCGUUUGGAUACUAGUUUGCUUUGA